UUUGAAUUAGAAAAAAAAAAAAUUGCGUUUAUUUAAUAUGGCGCGCCACGGUGUCGUUCCUUUCUGAAGUAUCAAACUCAUCAAUUGUAAUGUUCUCCUUCUCCCGCUGAGAAAUCAGAAAGAAAGAUCGGGAGAAAUGGAAAUCCCGAUUGAUCUGAUAAAGCAAGUCCAGAUCUCACUCCGCAAACAUGCGAAUCUCUCGUCGUACGACCCAGACGAUCCCUCUCUCCCGAAUCUUCCGUCGCCGGAGGAAGCCGUUGCGGCGCUCGAUUCUUCGCCGCCGUACCUCCGGUGUCGGCAUUGCAAGGGCAGACUCCUCCGUGGAGUACAGUCUCUUAUUUGUGUCUUUUGCGGCCAAGAAGCCUUCAACGACGUCGUACCCGACCCUCUCAAUUUCCGAAACACUCUUGGCUAUCGCUGGCUGCUCGAAUCCCUGAAUUUGGACGGAUCGGAGACUGUGGCACCACCUGGUGAAGUAAAUAAUUCGCAAAGAGGAAGGACUGCUCCGAAAGAUGAAUUGCCAUUGUCUGAUCUUCUAAAUUUAGAGAUAAAAUGGCCAUCUGAGUUGGAGAAAUUUGGAUCUCGUCUCUCAAAUGAAACACCAGUACAGAGCAAAAGUUCCUUGAAUUUGUCUGGAGUAAAUAUUGAGAACUUCUUUGCUCAGAAAGAGAAAGGGGCUUCUUCUAACGUAUCUGCAGAGCCGUCAAUGUCUAGCAACCAGAUUGAUGGUGGGGAAAUUAGACAAGGUCAUGAAAUUGAUGAUUUGUUUGAGAGUGCUAAGCUUUCUGGAACUGUUCAUGAGAAUCUUAGUUUGUUUGAGAAUGCUAAGCCUUCUGAAACCGGUCGUGAGAAUCUUACUUUGUUUGAGAAUGCCCAGCCUUCCAAAACCUCUGUGUCAUCUACUGAAAGUGAGAGUAAAAAUUUGUCUGAUUCUGGUUGGGGAACAGAUUUUCAAUCUGCCGCUUCGGCAACACCUCAUAAGGACUCAACAUCAUUUGAUCCUUUCAUGGGUUCCACAGAUCUUUCUACUCACAUGGAUGAAGUAUUUGGUCCCGCAAAAGACUCUAUUGGCAAGAAGGAUGAAGAGACAGUUGGAUCUGCAUCCAUGGCUAGUGAUUGGUUUGUAGAUGAUGCACAGAAAAAUUCCAACUCGGGGUUAAAUAGUCCUUUGGAGGACUUUAAAACGACCGCAAAUGUGAAUAAUGAAAACAUAGUGGGAAAUGUGAAUUAUUCUUCAUCUACCGAUGUUGAUUGGGUCGAAGACAAUAGAUGGCAAAGUAACAGCAAAAAUGAACCUGGCAGUAAGGCUGAUGAGGAAAAUGAUUCGUUUGACGAUUGGAAUGAUUUUGCUAGCUCAACUGUUGCACAAGAUCCUUCUAAUACUACUUGGAAACAAACCACAAUGCCGUCUAAUGAUAAGACUUCAGAAAUAAAUUUGUUUAGCUCAGAUGAUCACUCCCAGGAUAUAAAUUUCUCUGAUAGCUUUUUGCAACCAGAUCUAUUUUCACGAGUAUUUAGUAGCUCAAAUGCUUCAACAGAAGGGAAUAAAAGGCUGCCAGAAGCCAUUGUCUUUGACAGGUCACCUGAUGCUAACACAAAAGUUGGAGGGAAUUCUGAAGACGUUGCAAAAGCUGGAGAUGAUUACCGUGCAGAAACAACAUCCAAGGAGAAUGAUGUAGAGACAUUGCUGUCCCAGAUGCAUGAUCUCUCUUUUAUGCUCGAGAGCAAUCUUUCGAUCCCUCCCACACAACAAGGGUCGAAUUCAAAAUCUCAAGAUUGAGGCCUAUUGUUCUCUAUCUUGAAUUUUUAUUAUGUAAUGUUUAUUCUCCAUUAUGCUUUCAGUUGUUACUGUAGACGAAAAUUUUACCGUAUGAGAGUUGCCAUGAUGGAGGCUGUUUUCCUCCCUUUCCAUCCCCACCAGACCACAAUCAACUAGAUUGUGAUUCCUUAGGCCUCGUUCACUUCACGGAUUCGAAUUUUC